UCCGUAGAAACACCAGCGCUUUACGGAUGAAAUCACUACACGAAGGGCAGAGCAGAGGAGUGAGAGGAACGAGUCCUGCGGAAACUACACAGACUUUUAAUACCAGCCCAGACAAAGCGGGUGUGUGUCUCUCACUCCUGUCUGGACGGGGACGACCGUUCAUUUCAGAGUAACGUCAAAAAAGGCGAAGCGGCGACGAUGCUGACUUCUGCCUCUCAGUGUCGGUCUGCAGCAGCUUCCUUGCAGCAGGGAGAGAAGAAGAUCCGUGUUUACGACCUCCGCUUAGAAACGGAGGCGAAAACCUUCAAGCUGUUUAAAAUAGCUGGUCGGGACUUCAACGACUUUCUCCAAGCUCUGCACAAGGUAUUUGGAAUCCCUUCAUCUGAGACAUUUGUGGUGGCAACGACUGACAGAAUUGUUCUAGAUUUUGACAGAUUUAAGGAGCUCCAGGAUGGCACAACCCUUUACUUGUUGCAACACGAGCACCAGGUUCUGCCUACGGCAACGGUGGAAAACAUAUCGUUUAUGCCUCACUAUGAUACGCUGAUAAAGGGUGGGACUUAUGAGUACUAUGCUAGUGAGAACAAGGAGUCAUUAGCCUAUCCACUUGCCGAGCUCAUCGACAACUCUCUUUCAGCCACAGCUAAAAACACAGGAACGAGGAUAAUAGAGAUAAGGAUGCAGUUUGAUGAAAGUCUUGGGAAACCUGCCGUCAUUGUCCUGGACAAUGGACGUGGCAUGACUACAAAGCAGCUCAAUAAAUGGGCAGUUUACAGACACUCCAAAUUUACAAAAGAAACCGGCAGUUUUGCAAGAAGAGAAGAAGACUACGUCCGCCCUGAUCCUGUACCUCGAAGUCUUAAUAGUGAUAUCUCGUACUUUGGAGUUGGAGGAAAACAGGCUGUUUUCCACUUUGGAAAUGUAGUCAGAAUGAUUAGCAAGCCAGUGGGGUUACCAGAUGUUCAUGAGUUGGUUCUAUCAGAAGAAGAAUUUGAAAGAAAGGAAAAGAACAAAGAGGAUAUUUAUAGCACCACCAUCCUAAACAGGAAGCCUGGCGACUUUUCACACGUGAGUGAAGAUGAGCGCUUCCUUCGUACCAUCAUCGAUGAGGAACGUGGCAAGGAAAGCUUCACGGCCGUAGUUAUUACAGGACUGAAGGAAAAGCAUAUCUCCUUCCUGAAAGAGAAUUUUGAUGCAUGGACCAGACAUCUAGCGCACAUAUAUCACUAUUACAUUCAUGGAAUCAAUGGAAAUGACCUGAGACAAGGCUCUAAAAAGACAGCUCAACAACCUACGAUUGACAUUCAGAUCACUUUACGCGAAAAACCAAACAAAUGUCCCCGUGUGCUGAACCUGAGGGAAGUUGACGAUGACAUGCAAACUUUGUACAUUAACUCUGCUGCGGACACCUUUGAGUUCAAGGCAUCCGCUGGACCGGGUGGUGGCACAGUGGAGGGAGUGCUGCGUUAUCAUCCAUUCCUCUAUGACAAGGAGACUUAUCCUAAAUAUCCUGAAGAUCCUAAAGAUCCCAAAGAUACAUGUAAUGCAAACGCAGCGUCUUCUGAAAAUGACAAUUUAGAAAAUGAGCCUGGAGUCGUGACUCAGGAAGAAAGGAAGAUCUUCGAGUGUUUCUGGAAUGGACGGCUCAUACCUGGCACCAAAGUGGCUGAGUUUGACUGGUGUUCUCGUAAACAUAACAGCAGAACAGCAUUAGAUAUACCCCCGGAGUGUUACCGUCGGCUUUCAGGGGUGCUUUUCACUGAUGACAAUUUCCAGGUCACCACAAACAAGAUGACCUUCAUGGACCUUGAGCUGAAACUGAAGAACAAUCAAACUAUCUUCUCACUGGUUCAGAACGGACAGGUUCAAGAGGUUUGCAGAGCAGGUGAUCAAAGAGGGACACGAGGAAGCAGAGAUGAGGAGGGAGAGAGAGCAGUUGAGAGAGAGACAGGAGGCAAAAGAGGAGGUGCAGAGGAGAGUGAAGGUGGUGAUAGAGGAGGUGCAGCAAGUGAAAAAGGAGAGACAGAAGAAGGCAACAGAGAAGGUGUAGUACUUGGGCAAGAGAAAGAAGGAAGUGACAGUGGGUCAGAUGGCCAAAGAGAGGGGGAUAAAGCACAGAGAAAGGCUGCACAGGAAGCACAGAUUUCCAGAGGGUCAUAUGGUGAGAGCAACAGUCAGGCAACUGGGCAGAAAUCGUUUAGAGGUAACAUCCAGAAGGAGUUCACACAAUGGCUUCGAACCUGUAAUGAAAACUUUGACAAGCAAAUCAAGUUUGUGGGCUUCAAGGAGAUUAAAACACGGACAGAUGUGCCUACUAAGAAAAUGCAGCAUCCGUGGGCAGUCUUCUCCGCCAUCGAGUGGGGAGGCAAGACAUACAAAACAGGCCAACUUGUGAAGACGCACAAUACAAAUCCCAUUCUGUACGGUAAAGUGGUUCAGUUUUUGCUGUAUGGAAAUUUCGAUGGAGACGUCUAUGCCACGGGAGGACAGGUGGAAGUGUCUCGAGAGCCCAAAGCACUUUGGGACAUGACCAAGAUCGUACCCAUUUCCAAGAUCGACAAGACAGCCACUGAUGAAGCCAUCAAGAAAAAUAUUGAUAGUGACUCUGAGAAGCUUCCAGAUAAGCUGAAUGUGGAAUGGCCCAAUGGUAACCCCUUGCAAAAUAAUGACAUUCUUUCCGCCGGGACUACUUUAGGGCCUCUUAAAAUUGAGAUCCUGAACAAGAAGGGAGAGAAAUUAUCUCGGAUGUCCUCGGUGGGCCAGGGAAAAGGGACAAAACUGUGUGUUAAGCUCACGUUACUCCAUCAUGGUCUAAAAUCAGACAAAGAGCUUGCUGCUUAUGUUGCCCCACAUUUAGUAAAUACUGGUUUCUGGUUCAAAAAAAUGGAUCAUCUGACUGAGCUGGGAAAGUACACGCUGAAUUUGAACACAGUGGUCCAUGAAACAAACGCUGUCAGCUUUGGCGGUAGAGCGCUUCCAAAGUUCACACUGAAGUUUACCAUUAAAGAGGGCGAAGCAGCAAGCUUCGAUAUCAGUGCAAUGAGCCCCACGCUGCGAGUGGGCGUGCCGUUUGACAUUCCUCUGCAGAUAAAAGAUGGCUAUGGCCACUCAACGACCCUCACUUCUAAACUCAGACCUGAGCUCAAAUGCUGUGGUCUGGAUCUGAGUUAUGAGACAUUCUCCAGCAGUGGAACCACAUUCACCAUCAAAAGUGUCAAAGCGAGAGGAAAAGUCCUGAAUUACCAGCAAUCCAAGAGCUAUGACCUGGAAGUGACCCUGCCUGGCCUGAAACAACACACCAAGACCAUUAAGAUCAGUCUUCUUCCUGGUAUCCCACAUUCCCUCCACGUGAAACCAGAGGAAACGUCAAUCGAUGUGGAGAACGGAGAUCAGGUCACGUUUCAUGUUGAAAUUCACGAUGAGGCUGGAAAUAUCACCGCUAACCCCAAACAGAUCGUCCGCUGCGAGGUUAAAGGUUUCCCCCCGGUGGUCACUGAUUGCAGCAGCACCGGUGCUGGCCAGCUUGUGACAAAGCCCAUUAACCUGAAAAUAAUCAAAGGAGAGCAACAAGACCUCAAAGCUCAAUUUGUGAUGCCUAGUUACAAAAACAUACCGCUGGUCAUAAAGGGGCUGAGGGUGCUGCCCAGCACACGGGUCUCUGUGAUGGAGCUGUACAGUCAGGACAAUGAGAAUCUGGUGCUGAGGAACAGUGAAAAGAUCGAAUGGAUAGCCGGCGGACUGCUGGAGAACUUAUUCUACAAGCUGUAUGAUGAAGCUGACAGGGAGGUACCGCUCACUGCUGAAAUAGCCUCCAUGAUCAAGGUUAACUGGACAGGAGAUGUCUUUCUGGAAGAUCUGGUCCAGGGGAAGCUGCCUGAUUUACAGGUACCUAAACGGGUGGGAGAGCAGCGCUUCUACCAGGUCUCCUAUCAGGACCAGAGUGUGUCCGUCUCCUUCACUAUCGUGCCUCGUCCAGAUGAACCAGAGCGUCUAAAUGUAGCUUUACCCCAAACCACAGUGAAGCUUGGUGAGAUCCUCUCCGGAAACAUCAGCUUGGAGCUUGUGGACCAGUUUGACAAUUUAACCAAGACGCUUACCCCCACCUGUGUGAACCACAUAAAAGUGGAAGCUGAGGGGCUGGACAAAUCAGCCAUCACAUUUAAAUGGCAGGAGAGCAGCUGUGCUGCCAUGGUGACGGGAAUUCGUUUCGAGUCAGGGUCUCUCGGCCCCCGAGAACUGCGCUUCAGCUACUCUGACUUUGUGGAGCGUGUCAGUAUUAAAGUGACCGCAGGACUCCCUGCUCAGCUUAAACUCAUCAGUGCACCGGAGCAGCCUUUGCAGGUGUUAAAUGAUCACGGCAUCUCCAAACCAUUUGUCGUCCAGCUGUGUGAUGAUUGGGGAAACCCCUCUCCAGACCAGAGGGUUGUAGUGGACUUAAAGACUUCACCUCCAGGACUGACGGUGAAAACCAAUGUUAUUUCACAACCUGUGAACGCAGAAGGGAAAGCCUCUUUCGUUGUUAAUGGUUUGAGCGGGCCGAAGGGGUGCUAUCAGCUGCAGUUUAAGGGCUCCUUCAACAAAAAACCCAUCCCUGGUCCAUCAGUGAGCCUCACUGUCCUCCCUGAUCCCAAAAAACCAGUCAGCCUAUCGGUGGAGUAUGACACCAGUGUCAAGUUUUUUGCUGGAAGCAAAUUCCCAGUUUUCUCAGUGACUGUGGUGUCUGAUGAGGGAAGUCCAAUAACUACUUUUAAUCCAGCUGCUGUGGCCAUGUUCAUAUGGGAUGGGGUAUCUUCAGGGAAAAAACCUCCAGAAAGAGCCAUUGAGCUGAAGUGUAAUAAACCCAUGAAAAAUGAAAAGAAUGACUGUUUUCACUUCAGAGACAAAGAAAUCCCAAACAAAGUUGGAAAGCACACCAUACAGUUUUCUCUUCGUAUUGACAAAAAUGACGUUCUCUACAGCAAUCAGAUUCGUAUAAAUGUGGUGGCCAAUCAGCCUGUUAAACUGGGACCUGUCUCUCAGACUCCAACCCCAGUUGUUUCCUACAGCAAGGACAUUGCCAGCCGAACCUUGGUUGAGAAUAUGACACUGAAGAUAAUGGAUUUGUAUGGCAACCCAGCGGGGGAGGACCUGGGAGGGAAGGUGAUCAUCACUAUAAAGUCCUCAGAUGGAGAGAGAAACAAAAGCUUCCCUCUUUUUGAAACAGGAGCCAGCAGCCUUGCAAUUAACUUAGUUGAGGGCAAGGCCCACAUCCCUAGGCUGGCUAUCAGGGAGAAUAGCCCCGGUGACAAUAGCAGCACCUACGUCCUUGUUUUCAAACCUGAAGUGUAUGCCCAUCUCAUAACCCUGGCUGCUUUUGAGCUCCCCUUCCUUUUUUACAAUGAUGCACAGAACCAGCAAAAAAUGUCUGAACUGACCAGGAAAAAAGAUGAGCUCAGCAGUGCUAUUGAGAAAUAUAACGAAACAUUGCGUACAUACGAGGAGCUCCUUAAGUUGCUGACGGUUUCUUGUCUGAAUGCCAGUAAGAAAGAGGCUGAUCUUAAAAACGAGCUGUGCCGGAGGAAAGUGACAAUCCCUGACCCCAUAUGUGCACAACAUAUUGAUACACUAAUAAAAAAGAAGAGUACUGAUGCGGAAGCGAUUCAGAAAGUGUCCCGACGAGUUUUCCCCGUCCGUGACAACUUUAGGGGACAGGCAGAGGUUUUGGGAAUGGUUGGCCACCUGGCCGUCGUGCAGGAUGAUGCCGCCGCGUGGGUCAUCUCCUGGCACAUCAGAGGUGAUAUGGACUGUGUCAUCACCAAAACAACAGAAGCAGCGCAGCGGAUCUAUCGUGACACGCAGGGCAGGCAGCAGGUCAUGGCCCUCGACAGCGUGCUUGUGUCACCAGGAAACAGACCGCUGCCACACAUACGAAAUGGCUACCCGCUCUUUGAACCCCAUGGGAACCCGGUGUACGCCAGAGAGCUGCUGAUAUACCCCUGUGAUCCGGAGAGCUGUGACAUCGUGUUUAAGAACAUCCUGGGAGAUACUAUUCUGAUAGAUGACCUGGACUCUGCAAAUAACUACAGAAGGGCGGUGGUGCAGAACAGGAUCCAAUGUCCCACCAUACUGACCAGGCAGGGGGACAGGGUCAGUGGCAGGGGAAAGUUUGGAGGUGCACAGAACAGGGCCCCACCGAUGGCCACAUUACACAUGUUUGGUGCCCCCCUCCCACAGCAGUACCACAGUCUAAUGGAACAAAUAGAGCUGCUCCGCCAGUACUGCUCAGCUGUAUCGAAGAGGGAGGAAAUAGAAAGGGAGCGAGAUGAUCACGUCAAAAAAAUUGCGUCUCCUGAUGUGCAGCAAAAGGAAAAAGACUUGGAAGACAAAAAGAGGCAGCUAAGAGAGAUUGAAAAGGAACUCGCAUCAGCAUCAGCAAAAGGAAUGAAACGAGGCGCUGUGGAUGGUGGUCAGCCCUCCAGCAGCAUUUCAAAAAGAGCAAGACAGAGUUCCACAUAAGAGAUUCUGAUUGGACCAAUUGAUUGUUUUACUAUCAGUCGUUUUUGUACUUUUAUUUCUUUGUUAACUUUGAGUUGAUACAAUGUAUUUUAUUUUUUAGAUGCCUUUUGUACAUUUUAACACUUUUGUAAUGGUAAAAACUGCCUAUGAUCUUUGCAGAGCAUGCUGAAUCUGCUGAAUGUAUGCAUUAAAAAAUUCUUAAGAUCGCA